AGCCCACUGACCCAAAAGACCCAAAGAGUGAAGCCUUACCUGUAACACCUGCCCUCGAAGCUUCCACCUGACCGCCCGCUACCUGACCUCCGCCAUGCUGGGUCAAAGGUCAUUCACGUGUCCCAUUUUCCUUCUGGUCGUCUGCAUCGACAAACCCUCGCUAGUGGACACCAAAGUUCGCAUUGACCCGCGGCGGAACGACCUCAAAGUGCCGAUCCCCGUCCCCAUGGCUUCCCCGACGCCUGACCCCGGGCCCCACAUCGUUGAGGACUCCCCCAGACAUGUGGUGGCAGCGGUGGGAUCGCCUGCUAUAGUCCCCUGCAAGACCCGAAGUAUUGGAUCCAAAUCGGUAUCAUGGAUCAGACACAGGGACCUUCACGUGCUAACAGUCGGCUCCUUCACCUUCACGAACGACGCCAGGUUCUCAGCGCACAGGGAACAGAGCACCGGCGACUGGGUUCUCGUGCUCAGGAACCCAGAACCUUCAGACUCAGGGCUUUACGAGUGCUCCAUCUCCACCAAGCCCGUCACCGCUAUCACCGUGAAGCUGCAAGUAGUGGUCCCGUCGGUGGAGCUACUGGGGGGCGGGGCCGUGUACCUGGACCGGGGCAGCACCCUGAAUCUCACCUGCAUGGUCCACUUCAGCCCCACGCCGCCUGACUUCAUCUUAUGGUACCACCGAGACAAGCUGGUGAAUUACGGUCAGCCUGGGCGGAGUAUUAACGUGAAGACCGACCACUUUGACGACACGACCCGCUCCUCCCUGCUGGUCGAGAACGCUACCUCCUGGGACUCCGGACUCUACUCUUGCAAGCCAUCCAAUGCCAAACGGGUCUCCAUCAAGGUUCACGUGCUGACUAGCGAGACUCCGGCGGCCAUGCAGACAACUACAAGCGGUUGCCAACUUGUGCGCAUGACUUCAGCCCUCGUCUCCUUACUUAUCUCCCUCUCCCUCUCUCUGUUCUCUCCCUUCCUCCCAUCGCCUCGACUAUUAUAGGUAAAGGACUAUUAUCACGGCGAUGGGAGAGAGAGAGAGAGAGAGAGAGAGAGAGAGAGAGAGAGAGAGAGAGACAGUUGCACACCCAUCCCAUUCUCUCCUCGAAAUACCAAGAACUGUUUCCCAUUUUCCAUGUAAUUAAAUGUCGUAUCUCCGUUUUCUGUUGGUUCCGUGUGUAGUGGAGGAGCCGAGGUCGUGCGGUUCUUAAUAGCCCCCAACUCAACUGUUUUACAUCCCCCCCUGUUAGAAGGCGUUACUAGCCGUUUUUCCUAGCUGUGUGUGUGUGUGUGUGUGUGUGUGUGUGUGUGUGUGUGUGCGUUAAAUAAAUAAGGAAAGAGACAGAGAGAGCGAGAGAGUGCAAGAGUGUGUGUGUGUGUGUGUGUGUGUGUGUGUGUGUGUGUGUGUGUGUGUGUGUGUGUGUGUGUGUGUGUGUGUGUGUGUGUGUGUGUGUGUGUGGACUCCAGUAUCUAAUUAUAUAUGUCAAACAGCUCUGUAUGUUAUUUACGGGGCUGCUGUCAAUGAGUUUUUUUCUUGUGUUUUUUUGGCUGUAUCAUUCUCGCAUACAGUCUGUGACCAAGCCGGCGAAACAUGGCCCAUUUAGGGGGUCGUGUGCUAAUAAUUAAAUGUACCGUCUAGUUCCAUGUGUGUAAAUACUGUUUGUAAUUCCAGCUAGUGAUGAUAUUUUUCUGUCAGUAUUGUUUUUUCUAUAUUACCGUUGAAAUAACCUGCAAAGAGUUAUUUAUAUAUAUAGACUUGUAUCUCAUCUCCGUAAGUUAUUUAAGUGAUUUGUGUAUGGAUUGAUCAUGACUUCAUUUGUGAGAUUUUUCAAACCUAAUCUAACCUAACCUUGGUAACGUUGAAAUUCAUAAGCUAAGCAAGACUCCAAUACCACAUGAUCCAAAAUUAAGUCGUUGGUCUACGAUGAAAUAUAUAAAAAAAAGGGAUUUUCUAAAAGCGCAUAUUAUAAAAAAGAGUUCAAAUGUUCCUUGAUCUUUAAAAUACUGAAAAAAAUAACAUAUAAAAGAAGGAAAUCAAUAAGUUAAGUAAACACUUUUUUUAACAUAAUCUAAAACAAAGUCGUUUGUCAUCUAUGAAAUAUUAAAAACACAUUUCUUAAAGCGUAUAUUGAAAACGAGAGUAAAAAAAUGUACAUUGGUCUCUAAAAUACAUUAAAAAAAUGUAAACUAUAAAAGAAAAGAAAACAUGAAAUAAUUAAAAUGAGCCUUGACUUCUAAAAUACACAAAAAAGAAUAUAUAUAAGAGAACAAGUACAACAUAAAGUAAAAAUAUAUAAUCGUACCUUGAAACCUUUAAAAUACACACAAAAAAUAAAAGAAAAUAUAGUAAUAUAUGAAAAAAAGAAUUGCAAUAUACCUUGACAUCCAAAAUACAUAAAAACAAACAUAUAAUAGAAAGAGAAAAAUUGUACCUCGAAAACCCAUGAAAAAUACCCCCCCCCAAAAAAAAACACAAAGAACUUCCCCACCAAUGCCACACAAAGCAUCGAGACAAGGACAAAUAAGGUGAAUAAAUCUAAGGUAAAAUAAAUCUAUAGGUGUCGCGUUCUUUACUUUCUGAGCCUGAAUAAUGAAUGGUCUUCCUGCCGGCGUGGGUGUCGUGUAUAAUAACAUGAA